UCCGCCUCCGCCGCCGCCUCCGCCGCGCCCCGCCCGGUCCCUGUCCGCUGCCGAGCCCGGCCGAGCCGCUGCCGCCCGCCAGUCUCUCAGCCUCUCCACCUGCGAGAUGCUCUCCUUGGAUCCACUGGGUCCUGAAUGGGACUGCCCCCUGGGCUCCAAGGACCUGGAUGAAGAGGAGGGCCCAUGGGGAGGGGGCUCCAGCCUGCCGCCCACAGGCUGCUUCCCUGGCUCCUGGCGCCAGGAUGUGGGCCUGGACUGCAAGGGCUCCCCUGAGGGGGCCGAGGCCCGGGCCUGGACCGUCUACUACUACAGCCUCCUGCAGAGCUGUCUGCAGCAAGCUGGCCUUCCGGAGACCCAGGACCGCAGCCAGGUGCCCCGAACAGGUUGCCCUGGGGCAGAGGUGACCUUGUGCAUUCUGGGAUCCCCCAGCACCUUUCUGUCCGUGUUGCUGGAGGGGGGGGUCCAGAGUCCGGGAAACAUGCUCCUUUGCCUGUCCCCUGCUUGGCUGACGAAGGUGCCAGCACCCGGGCAGCCGAGUGAGGCAGCCCUGAUGGUCUCCAAGGCCGUGAGCUUCUACCCAGGCGGCCUGACAUUCCUGGAUGAAUUUGUCCCCCCGCGCCGUGCCACCUACUUCCUGGCGGGCCUGGGGCUGGGGCCUGGCUGGGGCCGAGAGGCAGCAGAGCUUGCCCGUGACCUGACCUGCCCCACAGGAGCUUCGGCUGAGCUGGCCCGGCUGCUGGAGGACCGGCUGCUGACGAGGCGCUUGCUGGCCCAGCAUGGCAGUGUGGCCGUGCCAGCUACCCUGGCUUUCACCUACAAGCCACCGGGGUUUCUGCAGGGAGGGGAUGCCAGCCCAGGACUGCGGCUGGUGGAGCUGAGUGGCAAAGAGGGCCAGGAAACCCUGGUGAAAGAGGAAAUAGGGGCCUUUCUGUGCUCUGAGGCCCUGGGUGAUGUCGUGCAGGUGGCAGUGAAGUUCAGUGGCUGGCGCUGGCGGGGGCGGCAGGCAUUGCGUCUGCACUCACGGGCAGAGCUGGGCGCAGUGGUGGACACAGUGCUGGCAUUGCUGGAGAAGCUGGAGGAGGAGGAGAGUGUCCUAGUGGAGGCUGUGUGCCCACCUGCCCAGCUGCCCUUCCCAGGUGGUCCUUCACCUGGCCCUGAGCUGGCUGUGCGUAUCUGUGCUGUGGUGUGUCGGAUACAGGGUGACAGGCCCCUGAUGAGCAAGGUGGUGUGCGGCGUGGGCCGCAGGGACCGACCUCUGCGACACCAGAGCUCCCUGCCGAGGACGCUGGAGAUGGCGCUGGCUCAGUGCGGCCUGGGCGAGGCGGCACAGGUGGCGCUCGUGCGGCAGCGCGUCAAGGCGGCGGCCGAGGCCGCGCUGGCCGCCGUGCUGGCCCUGGAGGCCAGCUUGAGCGCGGAGCAGCGCGGCGGGCGCCGGGCUCACACUGACUUCCUCGGCGUGGACUUCGCGCUGACGGUGGCCGGCCGCGCGCUGACCCCGGUGGCCCUGGAGCUGAACAGCGGCCUGUGCCUGGAGGCGUGCGGAGCGCUCGAGGGGCUGUGGGCCGCGCCGCGCCCCGGGCCGGGGGCCGAGGAGGUGGCGGCCGCGCCGCUCGUGGAGACCAUGCUCCGGCGCUCCGCGCGCUGCCUGAUGGAGGGCAGGCAGCUGCUGCUGGUGGGCGCGGGCAGCGUCAGCAAGAAGUUCGUGUGGCAGGCGGCGCGCGACUACGGGCUCAAGCUGCACCUGGUGGAGUCAGACCCUAACCACUUUGCAUCCCAGCUGGUGCAAACCUUCAUUCACUUUGACACGACGGAGCACCGGAGGGAUGAAGAGAACGCACGGCUGCUGGCAGAGCUGGUGCGAGCACGUGGCCUGCAGCUAGAUGGCUGUUUCUCCUACUGGGACGACUGCCUGGUGCUCACAGCCAUGCUCUGCCAGGAGUUGGGUCUGCCCUGCAGUCCCCCGGCUGCUAUGCGCCUGGCCAAGCAGAAGAGCCGCACCCAACUGCACCUGCUGGGCUGCCAUGGCCCGCCUUGGCCUGCGCCCUCCCUCCAUGCUGUGCCCUGCUGCCCGCUGGAGAGUGAAGCUGACGUGGAGAGGGCUGUCCACCAGGUACCCCUGCCAGGCGUCAUGAAGCUGGAGUUUGGGGCAGGUGCAGUGGGUGUGCGGCUGGUGGAGGAUGCGCCACAGUGCCACGAACACUUUUCCCGGAUUGCCCGCGACUUGCAGGGGGAGGCUGACUACCCGGGCAUCGGGCUGGGCUGGGGCAAUGCCAUGCUGCUGAUGGAGUUUGUAGAAGGCACUGAGCACGAUGUAGACCUGGUGGUGUUCGGCGGGCGGCUGCUGGCUGCCUUUGUCUCUGACAAUGGCCCCACAAGACUGCCUGGCUUCACUGAGACGGCAGCCUGCAUGCCCACUGGGCUGGCACCAGAGCAGGAGGCACAGAUGGUGCAGGCAGCCUUCCGCUGCUGCCUGGGCUGCGGGCUGCUUGAUGGGGUCUUUAAUGUGGAGCUCAAGCUAACUGGGGCUGGGCCUCGGCUCAUUGAGAUCAAUCCCCGCAUGGGUGGCUUCUAUCUACGUGACUGGAUCCUGGAGCUGUAUGGUGUGGACCUGCUGCUGGCUGCUGCUAUGGUGGCCUGCGGUCUGCGUCCCGCCCUGCCCACCCACCCACGUGCCCGUGGCCACCUGAUGGGCAUCAUGUGCCUGGUAUCCCAGCACCAGCAGAUGCUGAGUUCUACCACCAACCGGGAGACCCUGCAGGCUCUGCAGGAACAGGGCCUGCUGCGCCUCAAUCUGCUGGAGGAGACCCUGGUGCCUGGCGAAUACGAGGAGCCCUACUGUAGUGUGGCCUGUGCGGGGUCCAGCUCCGCUGAGGCCCGCCUCCGCCUGCUGGGACUCUGCCAGGGUCUGGGCAUUGACGGGCCCAACUACCCUGUUGCCUACUUUCUGUCUCACUUCAAAUAGCACUGGGGCCGGGGGCAGGGACGAAGUGCUGGGGAGAGGAGCUGUAGUGCCCUCUGCUCCCUGGUGCUCCCUGCCCCUCUCUCUAUGGCCCCACCCCAGCCCCGGCCUGGCCCACUCCAAUGCUCAGGUCUAUUUCAGAGUGGUAGGGCCAUUUUGACACCAAAGGCUUCCUGGGCUCAAGCGCCACAAAAGCAAAUAUCUGGGGGCUGCCGGGCCCUCUUGCUCUCUCAAAGGCCCCAGCCCACCCCAUGGCUGCCCCAGGACUCUAGCCUUGGAGAAGUGACAACAGCUGCACACACAUACUGCUGCCCCCACUCCCCACCCCAGGUGGAAGUGAAUUCAAACCCAGCCCCUCUCCCCACCCCUCCAGGUCUGUCUCUCUUUCUGCCACUUAUAGGAGAAGAGAACUGGGGAAGGGGGGCCUCUGGUCUUGGAUGAAUCCCAGGAAAACCUGAGACUACAGCCUUUGUCUUCCUCUUACCCAAAUCCCAGGAUAGUUCUAGAGCCUGCUGAAAACCUUGGCAGUGCCCUGCCGCUUCUCCGGCAGUACAAGGAAGUGACCUGUGGUCAGCAGUGUCAUCUCCUCUCACACCUCCAGGCAGACACUAUUGCCCCCAUUCUACAGGUGAGGGAACAGGUUCAGAGAGGAAAAAUUACUGCCCCAAGGUCAUACCACAGUGGAUGGAGGGUUGUGGGACAUGAUGCAAGGUCCAGGUUUUCACUUUUAUUAAGUCUUACAUGUGCACUCAGCUUCUAAGCCCCCCUCACCUCCCUGCCCUCAUCCAUAAGUGGCCCUGAAUACCUCCCUCCUGUGCACCAUGCACGUUUUCCACCAAACUUCAGUGCUUUGGCCCCUGUCACACCUAACUAGCAUUGGCUGAUGAGAGUCUACACUACCUAAUUCAGGGAAGGCUGCUUUAGGAACUCCUGCCUCUGCACAGCACAGGGGCUGUGGACAGCAACCAAGCAUCCCUCCCCAAAUAAAGGUUUACAGACUA